AUGCCUAUGAAUUAUGUCAAUUGUAGUAGAUGUUCUGAUCCUGAUGAGUCUAAUAUGCAUGCUUUGGUCCUUUGUCCCUUUGCUAGUCAUGUUUGGUCUCUGGCUUGUUUUUUUGCUAAUACUAAUGCUUUCAUUGAUAAGACCUUUAUUUAUUGGCUUAAGUUCUGGUUGAUCAAUCCUGCUUCUAAAAUUCCUGAUGAUAAACAUAGUUUCUUUGUCACCAUUCAGUGGUCCUUAUGGACUUGUAGAAACAAUUUAGUUUUUAGAAACCUUCAGGAAAAUCACUUAUAUGUUAUUAAUAGAUCCCGGGUUAUGCUUCUAACUGUUAGGAAAAAACCCCAGAACUCUCCUACUCAAACCAUCUCUUAUAAUGAUAUCUGGAUGCCCCCAACUUUUGGAUGGAUAAAAUGCAAUAUUGAUGGAGCUUUUGAUGAUACCACUUUGGUUAAUGGUGCAGGCUAUGUAAUGAGAGACUUUUCCAGUACAACUACUUUUUGUGCAUCUAUUAUUUUUGAAGUUACCUCGGCUGAAAAGACAGAAGCAAGAGCUAUAUGA